AACUUGACUCACGUUGGAACAGAUGGAUCUAAUCACCGCAUUUGGCCGCCCCUAGGAGAAAGAAUUCGUAUCAGACGUUGUUAGUGUUGGAGAAGAGGCCGCGAGAAGCUUUUGUGAAUCCUGACGCCCCUCUUAAAGAGUCCAUACAUGAGACGAGAGCGCACCUCCUCGGCAUCAGAGUCUUAAAGGACCUCGAUAUGGAUUAUUAUUACGUGCAGAUCCUAUCUGUGCUCCUGCUCAUCGCUCGCCCAGUCCCUCCAUGUGCCGCCCAACAUGAAACCGUGAUACGAUACAUUGAGAAACGUAUCUUAGCCCUUGAGGAUAGACUCUACAAAUGUGAACAAGAUAUUCAGCAAUACGUACAAGAAUUCAAAGAACUGGUACACAAGAUGGUGUCACGGCUGGAUAAUCUCAGCAAUCAUAAAGCUGAAGUGAGGAAUGAAAUGGAGAAUCUAUGGGCAAGAGUAGAAAGAGCCGAAUGGGACAUUGACUACCUUGAGAGCACGGUGUCCUCAAACACCCAUAUAGAGGUUGAUGAACAUCUAGUAGAGAAGCAGGUGGUGGAAAAAGCAAAGGAGAAGAAAAAAUUGCUGCUCAAAUCAAGUACGAGUUGCACAACAAUGCUGGCUCAAAUCAAAUCUCAGAAGACGGUGAAGAAGGCUGGAGGUACCAUUGGUGCUUGGAUGAAGAAUACUGGUGACAACGUGGACAAUAUCUAUUUCUUUACUGAUUCCAUUAACAACGUACUUCUAGAAUUUGCCAACACCGAAGAAUUCACAAGUCGGGACUACCUGCAAAAAGCUGAGAAUGUAGUCUUACCUUUCUUCUGGCAGGGAACAGGUCUCCAGGUCUACAACGACCAUGUCUUUUUCCAUAGAAAUGGCACAGUCAAUGAAAUUAUAAAAUACAACAUUCAAACCAAUGUGACACAGUCCAUGAAUAUAGAAGGAGCUGGAGACAUCCCACCUUAUGAGCUUCUACCAUACACAAAAAUCGAUCUUGCCAUGGACGAACAAGGUCUUUGGGCCAUUCAUGGAAAUUCGACCAAUGGUGGGAACAUUGAGCUUACCAAGAUAGACCACAACAAGAUGGUGGCUGAACAUAUGUGGAGCACCACCUGUAACAGCCAUAAUGCAGAAGCUGCGUUUGUUAUAUGUGGAACGCUGUAUGUCAUGUAUAAUAGUCCAAGUGGGGGAAGAUCCCACAUUGACUGUAUUUAUGACACCUCAGAUCUCAUCGAUAGUCAUGAAAUCCCUACACUGUACUUCCCAAAGAGAUACAGCAGCCAUUCUUCUGUACAUUACAACCCAAGAGACCAAAACAUCUAUGCCUGGGAUGAUGGAUACCAAAUUGUGUAUAAGUAUGAAUCUAGGAAAAAACUUGAACAUAUGUAAGGUACAUAGAAAAAUGAAAGAGUUAUGAAAAUAGCUUAGCUAAAAAUAAAUCAAAAAUGUGCUGCUUGGGCUGCAGUACAAUUUACGUCAGUUUUUAUAAAGAUCAUCAUCAAAUAGAAUUAGUUCACUUUACUGCACAGCCUAGCUUUAUCUAAAAAAUGUGUAUUUUUAAAUAUCCUAUUAGUGAAUUUUGAGUUAAUACAAGGUGGUCGCCAAUCGGGACCUUUACUUACUAGCCAGAGUCAAGUGCAGCUACAGAUAAGGUCUCUUGCUCUGGAGGACCCAACAUGUACAUUAGACCAUUGAUUACAAAUAGAAGAAUGUAAUGCUUUAUAUCUACUGUGAUGGCAUUGCAGAGAAAUUUAAAGAGCCUUUUGGACAGACCCCUCCCCGGCGUGAUUGGACCUGCAGAGAGAAUCAUACUUACCUGAUCCCCAUUUGUGGGUUCCAGUUCCUUCGCUUUCUCUGCCGCAGAUUUCCAGUCUCCCUGUAUUAACAUCUGGUUUGACCCGGGUCAUAAGGCCACUGCAGUCAAUAACUGGCUGCAGUGUGGAAAUGUCCUGACAUGUAUCAUAUUACUAGGUCACAUGAUGCAUUGGGAACACAUUACCACUGUGGCCAGUCAUUGGAAUCAGUGGCCACAUGACCUGGGUCAAACCAGAUGUUGAAGCAGGAAGACCUGAGAUCUACAGCAAAGGAGCUGGUAAGGUAGCAAAGGAGCCAGUACCCAGUGGCGGGGAUCAGGUAAGUAAGAUUCCCUCCGUGGGUCCAGCCACACUGGGAGGGAGUCUGCACGAAAGGCCCACGGAGGUCAGCAACCACUUUAAUAAAUUUUUUCCCAUUGACAUGCAUUAAUGCCGGAUCCGGCCACGAGUGUUCCGGCAAAACGGAU